UAUAAUAAAGUAACCAAGGUCCUACGGUUUAGUUAUAACUUUACUCCAGCAGUGUUAUUUACCUAUAUAUACUAUUAUUUUAUAACCCUACUGCUUUUUAGCCUCUUUAUUAAAUUAUAUAUUAUCUAUUUUAAGGGCUUUCUUAUAUCCUACUUGCAGAUAUAUAUACUAAAGUGUAUACCAUGUUUUAUACUAUACUUUAUGCUGGCCUUCUCUAUUAUGCACCUUACCCUUAUGCCUAGACUGGUAUAA